AUACAAGCCUCUUGACUACACAUACGGCAAUAUGACGUGCAUAUGGGGAGAGAUCUUCAGAAACUGGCCGCUCUGAAUUUACAAUGUAUUUAGAGAUUUUCUCUCUCAUCCGUCCUGCUUCUUCCUUUCCCCAUUUUUAGGGUCCUCUGCUUCCUCUGUUCUCCCAGACCAGAGGCUAACGUACGUAUUUACUUUCGCAAGAUUUUUUCUCAUUGGUUUAUCAGUUAAUGGAAUUUUAUUAUGCCAACGCUGCAAAUUCAAAGCCCUUGUUUCCUAAUUGUGAUUAUAUAUUUUAAAUUUAUCGAGUCCGGCAGCUGAUCAAAUUCAUUUUUUCUUAAUAUAAUCUGAUCGUUCUUUUAUGUGGAUGAAUUUGAAUAUCGAUCUCCGUUUUCUACUAUUUUGUAGAGAUAAUGAGCUAAUAGUUCCCCAAGGUUGAUUCUUUGGAGGCCCAAAUUCUACGGUUUUUUGCAUUUAAUAUUGCAUAUAAAGUCGAAAAUUUUAGGUUUCUGUUUCCGAUUUAGCCAGAGAUGAGUGCAUUGGGGUUUGAUAUCGGGAAUGAGAACUGUGUAAUAGGAGCUGCUAAGCAACGUGGAAUUGAUGUAUUGUUAAAUGAUGAAUCUAAGCGCGAAACUCCGACUGUGGUUUCAUUUGGUGAAAAGCAGAGGUUUAUUGGCUCGGCUGGGGCUGCCUCUGCUACAAUGAACCCAAAAUCCACUAUUUCUCAGGUCAAAAGAUUGAUAGGACGGAAAUUUAGCGAGCCCAUAGUGCAGGAUGACCUCAAACUCUUCCCUUUUGAGACUUCCGAGGGUCCUGAUGGGGGCAUUGUGAUACACUUAAAUUAUUUGAGCAAGAAACAGACUUUUACACCGAUUCAGAUUCUAGCAAUGCUGCUUACCCAUUUGAAGCAGAUUGCAGAGAGGAAUCUUGAGACACCCAUUUCAGAUUGUGUGAUUGGUGUGCCGUCUUACUUAACGGACUUGCAGAGACGUGCAUAUUUGAAUGCUGCGGAGAUAGCUGGCUUGAAGCCACUAAGGUUGAUGCAUGACUGUACUGCUACUGCUCUGGGGUAUGGUAUAUACAAGACAGAAUUCUCAAGUGGAGGUCCAGCAAAUGUUGUGUUUGUGGAUAUUGGUCAUUGUGAUAUGCAGGUUGCUGUUGCAUCAUUUGAACCUGGGCAUAUGAAAAUAUUAUCUCAUGCUUCUGAUAGCAACUUAGGGGGAAGAGACUUUGAUGAAGUCCUCUUCAGGUAUUUUGCUGCACAGUUCAAGGAACAGUACAACAUUGACGUUUAUUCCAAUGCUCGAGCAUCUUUAAGACUGAGAGCGUCAUGUGAGAAAAUGAAGAAAGUCUUGAGUGCUAAUCCAGAGGCACCACUUAAUAUUGAGUGCUUGAUGGAAGAGAAGGACGUCAAGGGAUUCAUUAAGAGAGAGGAUUUUGAAAAGCUGUCAUCAGAAUUACUGGAAAGGGUUAGCAUUCCAUGUCGUAAGGCUUUGCUUGACUCUGGUCUGACUCUUGAGAAGAUCCAUACGGUUGAACUUGUUGGAUCAGGGUCCCGAAUACCAGCCAUUGCUAAGAUAUUGAACUCACUAUUCGGGAAAGAACCUAGACGGACGGUAAAUGCAAGUGAGUGCGUGGCUCGUGGUUGUGCUCUUCAAUGUGCAAUGCUUAGUCCAAUAUUCCGCGUGAGAGAGUAUGAGGUGCAAGAUUCAUUUCCAUUCUCUAUUGGAUUUACAUCUGAUGAAGGACCGAUCUGCACAGUGACUGAUGGCAUGUUGUUUCCUAAGUUGCAUCCUUUUCCAAGUCUAAAGAUGCUCUCGCUGCACCGAAGUGGCACAUUUCACUUGGAAGCAUUUUAUAUGAACCAGAAUGAGUUGCCUUCAGGUGUAUCUACAGGAAUCAGCUCUUUUGCGAUUGGGCCAUUCAAAGUUCCUCAUGUGGGAAAAGCAAAGAUUAAAGUUAGAGUCAACUUAAGCCUCCAUGGAAUUGUUACCAUAGAGUCUGCCUCGCUGAUGGAGGAUAGUUUGGAUGAUUCUAUUAUGAAUGGUGAUGCCGUCUCAGACAAGAUGGAGCCAGACAAUCAAGAAUCUUCAAGCAAAGCAGAUGGUCCUGCUGCUGUCAGACGGCUUGAAAUAACCAUUGAUGAGAAUAUAUUUGGCGGUAUGACACCCCAUGAGCUCUCCCAAGCCCAAGAGAAAGAGCUUCAGCUGGCCCAGCAAGACAUAAUGAUGGAGAGGACUAAAGAUAAGAAAAAUGCACUGGAGUCUUAUGUAUAUGAAGCGCGAAAUAAGAUUUUGAAUACAUAUCGAAGCUUUGCAACUGAUUCAGAGAGGGAAGUGAUAUCAAGUAAUUUACAACAGACUGAGGAAUGGCUCUACGAAGACGGAGAUGAUGAGUCUGAAAGUGUUUAUACAGAGAAAUUAGAGGAUCUGAAAAAGAUAGUGGAUCCUGUUGAAGAUCGAUACAAAGAGGAAGACGCUCGGGCACAGGCAACCAGAAGUCUACUAAACUGCAUAGUGGAGUAUCGGAUGGCUAUAGGAUCACUUCCACCUAGCGAAAGAGACAUUGUCACUGGUGAAUGCAAUAAAGCAGAGCAGUGGUUUCGAGAAAAAACCCAACAGCAGGAUUCAUUACCCAAAAAUGCAGAUCCGAUCCUCUUGUCAAGUGAAAUCAAGAGGAAAGCUGAGGCUUUGGAGGGGAUUUGCAGACAUACAUUGGCAUCAAAGUCUUCGUCUGCAAGGCACAAGGACAAUCAAGAAUCGGAGACUAGAGAUGAAAGGGAUGAUAAGCAAGUUGAUUAAUGUGCAUCUAACAAGAUUGUGAUACUGUAAGAGCUGGAAUUCAAGAACCUGCUAGAUCAAUCACUGCACGAUUAACUUGGAUAUGAUUCUUAAGAGUACUCGCUGCAAGCUCUUGUUCUCAUAUGAAAAUCGUAAGUUCUCUCGAUUUUUCAUUUUUCUUCUGUUUCCUUUGAGAUGGAUUAGUGUGCUAAUUCAACCCAAGCAACAAACACUUGUAUACCACUGCGGUUGCUUCUGUGUCUCUACAAUAGUUCUUACAUUACACAAAACACGCACCAAUUCCUUAACGCCUAGAUUAAAUAUUUCCACAGCAAUGCUCCACCUUGGUGGAUGUAGAACAGAAAAUUCUCUCCAAGGGAUUUUGUGGCUUGACAUUUUUAUCUAUAUGGCUUCAUUUUGCUUCUUCAA